UGUUAACACGGCAAGCGCACAUGUGUCAUAUCGGCUGUUUUGUAUACUAUCUUCAGAUGGUAAGCCGAAUUAUGCUGGAAGUUUAACCUUGCAUUUUGACGAAACACAGAAUAUUUUACACUCUGAAGGCUUAAAAUCAGGAUACAUUGAAUAAAUCAGCAGGAAGAUGGACUUGUCACCUGAACAGAAGAAGAAAAUAAAGAAGACAAAGCUCAGCAAAUCAACUGCAGCCCAAAAACUCCCCAAAGAAGCCAUCUUGAAUAGGAUGUCAAGCGGCAAGAAACGCCCAAAGAGUGAAGCUAAAAUCAAGAAAGAUAAAAUGAAGACUCCGUCCAAGGAUGACUUGGUUGCUAAGAAGUUGUUCUUUCAAGAUGGUAGCAAUGAUGAUGAAGGUGACAAAGAUCUCCUCCAAAGUCCUGUGAAAUCUAAGACUGUGAGUAAAAUGGGAGGUGAAGGUGUUUCAAAAAUGAGCAACUCAACCAAGAAAUUGAGGAGUUCAACCUCAAAAUGGCAGGUUUCCAAAGGAACACCAAGUGUUCAGAAAGAGAAAGCUGUCGAAGAUCAGGAAGAGAAAAUCUUGAGGAAAUCGGGGAGGAAGAAGAAGAAGACGACAACUGAUGAGGAAGUUGAAGUAGAAGAUGUAGAGAUUGAUUUUCCAAUAUUAAAGAGAAAAUCCUUGGGAUUAGAGGAAUUUAAGGCCGCACUUUCUCGUCAGGAAUCUCCCCAGAAGGAACAGAAAGUCGCCAAGGUAAUCAUCGAAAAUGGACAAAAUACAAAGAAGCAGAAGAAAAAGAAAAAGGUUACAGAUGAGACAGUGUCGGGAGAUGAACCCAGCAAAGAAAAUGUUGAAAAGAGCGAAGGAGCUGACAAAGGAAAGAAAAAGAAGAGCAAGAAGAGGGGAAAGAAAAGGAAACGUUCUAAUAGUGAGUCAGGAGAACCACAGGCAAAGAAAGAAAAACCAGGGCGGGAAGGAUUUGCGGUGAGAUGUGGAAACCUGCCUGUCGGAGUCGGCAAAGAAGCCCUUCGGAUGUUCAUCGGAGAAGCAGAUGUCUUUCCUACACAUAUCAUCCUCAAGAGAAAGAAGAAAUCAGCGGCUGGAGAAAAGAAGCAGUUUGUCACAUAUGCAACAAUCAUCUGCAGUACGGCGGAUGAAGCGGAGAAGCUGUGUAGGUUGAAUGGAAUCAGUAUGCCUUCACCGUUGAGAGGCAAGGAUUGUAAGCUUCUUAUUCACAUGCUGAAUGAUGAUAACAGCAAUGAAGAUCCCACCUUCAAGAGGAAACUGUUUGUAAGCAACCUCCAUCCUAAGCUCAAGGAAGAUGAAGUCAUGGCUUUCUUUGAGACCUCUGACUGUAACCCUACCAACGUCAUCCUACCAAAGAAAGGAAACGAUAAAACAUCAAGAGGGUAUGCCUUCGUUUGGCUGACUUCAGGUGGAGAUGUUGACAGAGCUCUGAAGCUCAAGAACCCUACCCUCCGAGACAAAAUCGUCACCAUCGCAAGGUCGCACAGACAUCCUGGCAAGCAGGAACCAUAAAAGACCAACUCUUUCAGACCUUCGGCCCUAUUGACAAUUACAAUGCAGGACCAGUGACAAGUAAGAAAUCAUGAUGUUGAAAGAGACAGAGCAGUGAAGAUGAACCUUCUACUACGCUGAGGGAGGGACCAAGGUUGUACAGACAUCCUACAUCCUAGCAAGCAAGAGCUGUGAUAGAACAAGACUGUCCAAUCAGGAUAAUAAUAAUGAUAAUAAACCAUUCGUAUAUUGCGCAUAUCACAAAAGUAAAUUUAAGUCCCUAUGCACUCAGAAAAAGGAAAAGAAGGGAUAAUAGCAAACAUGAGGGAAGAGAAGAGAAA